AUGGAUAAAUUAGACAAGACGCAAGGUACCCUGUCGUUCGUUGCAUCCGUGGCCUCCCGUGUUGCUCCUCCUCGCGCCCGCGUCCCUAUUAUUUCUCCGCGUCCGUGCUGGGGCGCGGCGCGCCCACCGAUCCUGUUCUACCUCGCGUCUGCGCUGCGACGUUACCUGCUGCUGUCGCCCGUUGGUGGUGGGAUCGAGCCGCGGGCUCGAUUCGGGCUUGGCGCCUCCGACGACGGGGGCUCCGGGCCGGCGGCAGGGAGUCCCGGCCCUCAGUCGGCCCCCGCGGCCGUUGGCGGUGCGAGUAGCGCUCCUGGCGCGUCUGGAUCCGACGGGAAGCCGCCGGUGAAGCGCGUCAUGAAGACGCCCUACCAGCUGGAGGUCCUCGAGAGGACGUACGCAGAGGACUCGUAUCCCAAUGAGAAGAAGUGGGCGGAGCUGUCGGUGCAGUUGAACCUCACAGACAGGCAGCUUCAGAUGUGGUUCUGCCACCGCCGGCUCAAGGACCGGAAACCACCGGCCAAGAGGCAGCUAAGGGACGAGGAGGUUAGCGUCCCAGUCAUAGGGCCGCCGCCACAUGUGCUUCCGCCUCCAUUGCCUCCCAGCGAGAUGAUGGUGGGGACUGUCGGAACCUAUGGUGAGCAGCUGCUGCCCUAUUCCAGGAGAGGGUCUGGCCGGUUAUCGGCUGCACCUAGGUUAUCUGUGCCGAAGAUUGGGAGGAGAUACUAUGAACCGCCACAAGUCAUGCUGCCUCAUAUGGCACCAGUGCACCUUACGCAAGCAGAGCACCGGGUGAUCGAUUCUGUGGAAGCACUUAUAGGGGAACCUUUGAGGGACGAUGGACCAGUGCUUGGUAUUGAAUUUGAUUCACUUCCUCCUGGUGCAUUUGGAGCACCUAUCGUCCCUGAGCAACCGAGGCAGCCCUUUCGAUCAUAUGAGACCAAGAUGUUUUCUGGUCCCAAAACCAUGAAGGCAGUACAUGAAUACCAGUUUCUUCCUGAGCAGCCAAGUGAUACAUAUGAGAGGGCAAGCCAGUCACACUUCUAUGAUUCUUCAGCAGAAGCGUCAAACUUGAGGGUAGCUCCGCUGUCUACAGGAUCACGCUUUCUCCAUGGAGUUGAGCAGGCACCUAGCUAUACAUUUCACAGUCAAUCAUCUGGUUCUAGCCAUUUGACUCAACGUGGCAGUGGCAGGUCACCUAUUGCAUCGGCAUUGACAGAUCAUGAGGGGGCUUUGUCAAAUAUUAAUGCUAGCACAACUCCAAUCCACGGCCAACUUGGCAUCCCUCAAGUUGCCGGAUUCGAAAGCCCCCUGGCAUCCCCUGAAAGAUUGGGUUAUCAUGAUGAAGAUACAUAUCACAUGGACAGAAAGCGCAAGCAUAAUGAGGAAGCUAAGAUUGCUAGGGAGGUUGAGGCUCAUGAAAAGAGAAUCAGAAAGGAGCUUGAGGCUCAUAUUUGGAGCUUUACGAUGAAAUCAUCCUUUUGCAAGCAUGCAAUUGUCACACAGACGGACCCCAAAGAAUCCUCCUCGCUCUCCACCACGUGCGGCGUCGCCUCGCCCUCUUCCUCCCCACGCCGCCGCUACCCCGCCCCCCAACACCGCCAUGUUCUUCCCCGUGCCCCGCAGCCAGACCGCGGCCUUUGCCCUGGCGCCGGCCAUGCAGGCACGCGGUCGGUCGUCUCGUCGUCGUCGAUGGAAUGGAACAUGGAACAAGCAAACGCGCGCUUUGCUUCUGCCGUCCGUGUUGCUUGA